AUGUCGACAAUGGACUCGGAAUCGAGGCAGCAGUCCGAGUCGCAGCUGUCGGCGCCACCUCCCCUCAGCGACCUGGACAGCAGCUCCGACAGCAGCGACAGCGAAGCCGGAGAUUCAUCGUCGAAACCAGGGCCGGGGCGAGAGCCAGAGCCCGUGGAAUGGCUCGCCACUUCGCGGUCCCGCCGGUCCACGGCGGGCAAUCGCAUGAAGUCGAUGCUGGCCAACGAAGAGCCGGAUUCCGACCUGGAGCUUUUAUUUGCCGAAGACGAGGACGACCAGGGCUUCACGGAUGCCGGCGACGAUGCUUCCGACAUGCAGAUGGACUCGUCAUCCGACGACGAGGGCGAGAAUAAUGCGGGCGACGAGCUCGAGGGCGAGCAGGAGCUGGAGCGACAGGCCCGAGAGCGGCGCGCUGCUCAGCGCAAGCGAAAGGCUCAAGAUGCCAUACCGGCCAAGUUUCGGAAGAAAGUCCGCAUCAACCCGGCAGCGUCAGAGUCGUCGACGCCGGCUCCUGCGCCUCGUCCUAAAAAGAAGUCUGAGCGCACGUCGUGGCUGCCCUCGCCGGCGGAUCUGCCCACUCGGGCCUCGUCCCGAAAGACGACGCGCAUGUCGAAAGAGCAGCUCCACCAGCAGAUGAUUGAGCGAGAGGAGCGGCGGUUGAAGCAGCUGGAGCAGAUGCAAAAGAAGGCGGCCCGGAUGGAGGCGCUUAAGAAACCUCCCAUGACGCAGGAAGACCGGUUGCGAGAGGCGGCCAUCGUGGAGAAGCGCAACAGCAAGAGCUUGAAUCGCUGGGAGGUGGCAGAGAAGCAGAGGGAAGAGGAACGGCGAGCGAAGCUGGCGGCUCUGAAUCAGAGGACGCUGAAGGGUCCGGUCAUCACCUUUUGGACGGGCCUGGGCGAAGCGAGACGGGUUGUCAUUGAGGAGGAGAAGCCGAAGAGGAAGAGGGUGGACAAGAAGGACAAGGACAAGGGCAAGGCUGCUGAGGCUGUGAAGGAGGAUGCUGUUCCUGUGACGGCAGACAAGGAUGGGAAAGAGAAUGUUGCUCCUCAAGAAGGCGUACAACAGACGGAUGCAUCCAUUAAGGUGGUAGCUAGCAGUGAAAAUACUACUGCUGUGCCGAAGCCUGAUGCCGUCGAACCGCAAUCAAAGGAAGAACCAGCACCAGCACCAGCACCAGCACCAGCACCAGCAACAGCACCGACAUCGACACCGACACCGACAUCAGGAGCUGGUGAGAUCAAGACGUCGGACGCAGCACCUCCUCUCAAACAGGAGGAUGACGAGAUGAUAGAGCCUUUGAAGUCAGCUCCAAUCGCACCACCGCCAUCAUCACAGUCUCCUAGUGCUGCCGUUCCCCCUCCUCCUCCAACUACUGCUCCCGAUACUGCUGCUGGCACUGACACUGGCACUGCUACCUCUUCUUCUGCCACUGGGCCACUUGCUGUCCCUCGUGAUGACUCUAUUUCUCCUACUACUACUUCUACCGCAAAACCACCUGGAGAUGUCCAACCAGCCCAGCCAGUAAUAGCUGCGCCUUUACUAUCUCCUCCGCCAUUGUUAUCUCCUCCACCUCUGCCUAGUGGUCUAGCCGCGCCAGCAUCUUCCUCGCUGUCCGCAUCACCUCGCCAGACGUCUCCGUUGGCGGCACCUACAGGCAUCGGCAGUCCACGACCUGUAGAGGCUGGCAAACCAUCUGGUGUUCUCGCCCUUCCAGUUCUCGCGCCCCCUCCCGUUAUGAACAUGGACUACCGUCCCGGCCCAGCACCAAAAUCCAAUAUCCUCGCCCUUCCAAACACAUCCUUACCUCAGACUGCAUUGGCUCCUCCAAUGCAGAUCCAACCUCCUGGUUCGACGGCUGGUGUAGCACCUGUCUCUACGGAGCCCGUCCUUAUAAAUACCGUCCUACGGCCUAUAAUUCCUGAGCCCGAGCCAAUUAGCAAAUCGGCAAGCCCUAAUCUUUCAGAGCCGCCUUCUCAGCCCGCCCCGGGUCCGGCUGAGGCUCCCGAGGUUCCUGAGGCCCCUGAGACCACCACUCGUAACGUCAUCAUCUUCCAGAAUUUUGAUGAGAAUGCCAUUCAAGAUAAGAGUAUACAGACUCAAAUUCUGUUUGGCCGUAAGAUGAACAAACUCUCUAAACCCGCCCCUGCUCCAAUCUGUGUCAUCACUGGCCUACCAGCCCGUUACAAAGACCCCAAGACCGGGCUGCCUUAUCACAACGUUGCCGCCUAUCGGGAGCUGCAGCGCCUUGACCGCAAAGAGCUCAGCUGGAGCGCAAUCCUCAACGCCUGGGUGGGCAGCGAGAAGAUGGCCGCUCGCGGCGUGCCGGCGCGAUUCCUUGAUCCGAAUGCUCCCACCAAAACCCCUGAAGAGAGGGAAAAGGAGAGGCUGGCUCAGAUACGAGCGGUUCCGCCUCAGCCCCAGCCCCCGCCGGUGCAGCAACACCAUCAGGCUCCGCCGGCGGCCGUGGUGGCGGCAGCUCAUAAAGCCCCUCAGGUGCAGCAUCACGUACAGCAUAUGCAGCACGCUCAGCAGCAGAGACCAGCAGCGACACCGCAGCCAUUGCGAGCGCCUCAGCCGUUUCAAGCACCGCAACAGCCGUAUGUGCAGCAUCAGCAACCAGCAGCAAGGGCUCAACAGCCGCAACCUCCUCCUCCUCCACAACAACAACCAUCCCAACAGCUUCCAAACAGACCGUCUCAAAAUCCUCCACCUCCACCUCCUCCGCAAAAGCAACAACCGCCAGUAUCAAACGCCACUCCCAGCGUCCCUCCAGCACAGGCUACUCCAUCGCAAGCUGCUCCUCCUCCACCAGCUCUUCCACCGCAAUCAUCUCCUCUCCCGCCACCAGCUGCACAACAACAACAGCAGCAGCAGCAAAAACAACAACCCACUCCCACACCGCCACCCCCACCUCCAACUUCCCAGAGCCCCGUCCAAAAAACAACAACUGGUCAACUACCGACACCGGCUCCUGUUCCUCCUCCUGCUCCUGAACCUCAGUUUCAGCCUCAGGCUACGAGUGGAUCGCAAGUGGUGCCUGUGGAGAAGGAGCUACCACUGCCGACCACAACGGCGGCGCCAGAAUCAAACUAA